AUGGGCGGGGUCAAGCGUAAAAUCGAGGCCACCAAAGGGUCAACUACAACCCCGGCUGGCGGCCCUCCAGCCACCCCUCUGAGCACCAAUCAAUCGGCCGUUGGUGAUACUUCGCACAUUCGCGUGACGCGAAGUCUGCGUGCAAGUCAGGACGCACGUGCCCACCAAACUGAUAGUAACAAAAGCAACACUCACACCCCUACUACCACCAACAAGAGUGGACCUAAUCGCCCAUCCCGAAUCAUCACGCUUAAGACUCGCCGCUCGUCCGGGUCAGGCAUCGCUGCCAACAAUGCAGCAAGCUGUGCCGCAAACCAUGUAGCAAGCACUUCCGCGAGUACGACUCGUGAGACCCGUGCUUCUCGAACGCGGGCCGCCGUCCCUGCUGUACCUGCUGCCCCGACUCAGCCGGAUGGCACGGCCUCGUCAACUGUCCCCGAAACUCCUCGGGCCAAACGGGUCAAACGAGGCCCGACGGUCGAAGAAACUCCCCGGACGACGAGGCAGUCGGCUCGAUUGCGACCGCAGCCCCAGCCGGCCGCAAGUGAGAAUGUCUCUCAUGCAGAUAUUGCGGUUAGGCGACCCGAGGAGGCAAGUCCUUCCGUAGGCGUUGCCUCCGGAACCCGAACUCGCAAACGGAGUCGACAAAUCUUGGACGGGGCUAAAUUCACCGAUCCGGCGGAAAUGCUGCCCAAAGCACCUUCUCCAGAUGCCGCUGUCCCUGAAAGUGUCGAGGAGUCUAAGCCGUUAAAUAGCGAAGCUUCGCGGAAUCUUAGGAUUACAUUCACCCAGUCCGCAGAUCGGACCCGCGAGGUUGCCGGCUCCCAGGAAAAGAAGAGCGAUUUCGGUGGAUCUAUGGCUGACGAGGCCGUGAGCCCUACUACGAAAACGAACAGCAGUCCGUUGGCAACUCGAAAGCGUAGACCUUCGGAGGCCGACGAUCACGAGACUGCAGACCCUACUGCCAGUCCCGUUGCUUCCCCCAGCAAGAAGCCUAAAAUGGAAGAGGAAGAGGAGGGCGUGGAGGGGGAGGAGCCUGCUUCGGAACAUCAGUUGCCAAACGGCCCUACAGACAAACCCGAGUCGCAAACGCCGGAGGACGCUGCGACUGAACCUAAAACCGACAGCGAAUCUCGGCAGAUUACGGAGGAGGUUGAGGGAUCGACUCCCGAACUUGCCACGGGGCCUACCAGCGGCAAGGCGCUGCGGGGUGGCCGUGUGAGGGGGCGAGGGCGCGGCGGGCGUAGCAGAGCAGCAGCACGCUUUGCAGCAAGCCGGCGUGGGCGUGGCGGUACUCGAAGUGCUCGCGGAGGCCGCACGGGUCGCCAGCUCGAUCGCUCGAGUGAUGUCGAACUCGAACGUUCCCCUUCCCCAAGUGCAGCCACUCAAAAACUCCGGGAUCGGCAGCGCGAACUUGACAAGGCAUUCAAGAAAGUGGCAGCCGCCCAUCGGUUAGCGUUGGCCGUGCUGGCAGAUCAGUCGGAGAAAAAGCUCACUCGAGACAAGAAUGCACAUAAGAAUGUCCCCGAGUACGACGAGAUCAACGAUCUCUUGCAAGAGAGGCUUCGAGAAAGAAAGGAGCUGUUUCGCCGAGAGUAUGAGCUCAAAGUGGAGCAAGAGAAUCGGAUAUUUGCUGCCAACAAGGAAGCUAUCGAAGAGAGGUUCAGAGCAUCGGCGCGCUAUAUUCAGACAGAGCAUUUCUACGCCAGCCAAGGAGACUAUAUGGCUUUUGUGGAGGGCCGCCGGGCGGCGGAGGAUGACGAGCACACCGAGACGGACGGUUCCGAGGCCGAACCGGAGCGGGGGCCCAUCGUCCCUCCCGCAAAGGAGUUCAUUCGAGGCUUCAAUUCUUCCUCCGUCCGAAACACGACAGGAGCUGCCGCCUACGAUCGAGGCUACCAUGGCUGGGAGGAUUUCGUUCAACGUGCUAAACUGGGCGAUGACAUUGACCCUCAGAUGAAGGAAAUUGGCGAUACUGCCGGCGUGGGUGGCCUCUCUGCUCAUCAGAUUGUGGACAUGCUCUUGGAGGCAACGGGCAUCGUCGAAGUGCGACAUGGCGGAGGACCGGGGCCGGAGUUUCACCCCCCUGCCCCCGCCGUGCGUCCGACGGCAUUGUUUGCCCUGGCCGAUGUAGCGGCAGCCGAGCUCCCUCGUCCCUCGAUAGUCCAGGCCACGCCCCGCCUUUCCGCUCAUCGCACGCUUCUCCCGCAGCCUCCUCCAUCGGUGGUUCAUGGCCCGACGGAUCCACGAUCGUUUGUGCUUCCUCCUCCCACCCCCCAUCGCCAGGCGCCGCGUCGACUUCUUCCUGCGGCACAACAAAUCCCUCCGAUCAACGAGCAGUUGGGACUGCCCGACCCUUUCGCGUCCAGGAGUGGCCCCCCUCAGCUACCGCCGCCACCAGGCUCGAACUUUCAACGGCCGCCCCUUGUUCACCUGUCCGCCUUUCUGCGCAUUCUCCUCCCCCACCCUACCUCACACAUCUGCCUUGCGCGGGCCUUCCGUCAAUCGUCCCUCGUCAUUCCCUCCGAAUAUUGUCUUCAAUCCAGUCCCGAUAGAAUCAUGGCUGUCCGCGCUCAAUUCGAGAACUCCAACGAAGUCGGUGUCUUCUCCCGACUUACCAACUCGUAUGCGAUUGUCGCCAUCGGAGCCUCCGAGAACUUUUACAGUGUAUUCGAGGCCGAACUGCAAGAUGUCAUCCCCAUCUGCCAUGCUACCAUCGCCGGAACCCGGAUCGUCGGUCGUCUAACAGUAGGCAACAAGAACGGCCUCUUGGUGCCCACCACCACCACAGACCAGGAACUGCAACAUCUGCGGAAUACGCUGCCAGAUUCGGUGAAGAUUCAACGGAUAGAAGAACGUCUUUCGGCGCUGGGAAAUGUCAUCUGCUGUAAUGAUCACGUGGCAAUCAUCCACCCGGAUCUGGAGCGAGAAACCGAAGAAAUCAUCGCGGACGUCCUCGGAGUCGAAGUCUUCCGCCAAACCGUUGCCGAUAACGUCUUGACCGGCUCGUACAUGGCCCUCUCCAACCAGGGCGGUAUUGUGCACCCCAAGACCUCGAUCCGCGAUCAGGACGAGCUCUCCUCGCUGCUGCAGGUGCCUCUGGUCGCCGGUAGUGUUAACCGCGGUAGCCCCGUCGUGGGUGCUGGUAUGGUCGUCAACGACUGGUUGGCCGUGACGGGUCUGGACACGACGGCCACCGAGCUGAGUGUGAUUGAGAGCGUGUUCCGACUGGGCGAGAUGGGCCCUCGGGGUGUCGGCAUGGGCGGUGCCAACAAGGAGAGUAUCGUGGAGAGUUUCUACUAA